AUGGUCCAACGAUUGCGCACAAUAAAAAUGAAGAGAUUAACGGCAAUCACGUGCGUGGCAAUAUUAUUGCUGUUGAAGCUAAAGGGUUUCGACUGCAAGGACAACACUACAAUCCCUGCGCCCACUUUGAUAUUACCGCCCUCUACGUAUCCGCCGUCGACUUCCGAUUGUUGCUCGUACGGUGGCAUGACGUCGUCACAACUGGCCCUGUUGUCGGCCAGGGAUGAUCUGGCGCCACCCGAGGACCGCGUGCACGCCAUCGUGUUGCUGAUAAACGCCCUGCCGACGGCACCGUAUUCGCUGUCCUGUCUAUCGACCGAGACGUUAUGCUGCGUUUUGAAUGAGCUGGCCCGCAGGCCGUCGCUGAUGACCGCCAUCGAACCGCCGAACGUGGUGUGUUUGUUCGACACCCUGUGCGCACUGCAGUGUCUGAUGAGGGUCGUGCCAGACCGCACGAUCCGUGAUCUGAUCACUGCCGCCAUGCUGAGCCCGGAGAUCGUGAAAGAGAUGCGGCCGUCCACGGUCGUCUGUCUGUUGAGCAAGGCGCCGCCGACCGCGCUGUGCGCGUUGUCGCCCGCCAUCAGGGAGUUGCUGAUCCACUGCGCGCUGUCGCCGAACGCAAUCGGCAGGCUGACGCCGGUGGAAAUAUCGAACUUCUUCGACGCGUUAAUGUGUACAGAGCGUUCGUUGGCCAGGUCGACGUCAACCACCGACCUCAUUGAACUGCUGAGCACCAACGUGCUGUCGUCGUCCUUCGCCAACAACAUAUCCGCCACGCGAGCCGUCGACUUACUGUGUCUGAUGUCCAAGUCAACCAUGGUCCGGAAGGACCUCGUCGACGCUCUGCUGGCAACUAUCGCCUCGUCCGCUCACCGGUUGCCGCCCGUGACUCACAACCGCUUGAUAGCCAUCCUGACCUGUUCGCCAUACUCGAUAAACUCAAUGGACCCCGCCACGGUCGCGCUGCUGCUAGCCGCGUGGUCGCCGGCCAGCGUGCUGUCCACCUGCCCACCCAACGUGCUCGUCCGGCUGUUGGUCGUCCUAUCGCAGGCGACCGCCAUCGCCGUGGACGAGAUCAUCGGGCUGCUCUAUGGCGUCACAUGCUCGUCGCCCAGUCUGAUGUGUGACGUGCCCGCGUGCGUCCGGUCAGCGUACGUGAUCCGGUUCACGUCCCCCGAGAUGACAGCCACGCUGUCGAUUAAGGCGAUCGUCAAGCUGAUAGGCAUCCUGAGCAAAAACCAGUGCUUUAUGACCGAACUGACAGCAAGUUCCUUAAACCUGACAAUGACCUUCAUGGUGUCCAACGACACAAUUUUCAAGGCUUUUCAACUGUCUGACAUCGUCGAUCUCUUUCACGCCUUAGUCGGCACCGGGUGUGCGCUGCAAGAUAUUUCGCUCGGAAUCAUUCAGAAACUUCUGUCUGUCUUCGAUUCAGUGUUCUCGCGGAGAGUGUUGGACACCGCUUGCUUUUCAAAACUGCUGUCGUGUUUCUGCCGUUCCCCGUACCUGACAUCCGCGAUGUCCGGAACUCAGCUGGUAAACGUACUCGAAACGAUGACAUCGGUUUCCAGCUCGACACAGGCAAUUCCGAAUAGCGCUUACGUGAACAUGAUGACGCAGUUGAUGACGACGCCUUACUUGAUGUCCAAUAUCCCGUUCGCUACGCUUUUGAACUGUAUGAAACAAAUCGAAAGCCAUACGUCGGGCUCUGUGUUCUGCGCUAUGCCACCAUGUGUGAUAGACAAGUACACAGAGUUUCUGGGAGCGAACAACGCCUCGAUAAUCACUUCGUUGCCACCCACCGACUUGAAGGCAUUGGUGGGCUUCCUGACCGAUGUCCAUUGCUUCUUAGCUCAGCUGCCCGUGAAAACUUUGAGCGCCCUGUUGGAAGCGAUCUAUGCGUCGUCGAUCGCGAUACCGUUGGAGGUAAGGAUGAAAAUAAUCUUUGCCAUUACUCGGCUGCCACCGUCCGUGAUGAGUUCGCUACCACCGGAGUCCAUCGGCAACAUAUGUAAAUCGUUUAGUUCGUUCGAUGUUCUGCAGGGCGGCCUGAGCACCACGUGUCUGCGCGAAUUGUUGACCGCUAUCUCAACGUAUCCGUGUCUGCUGUCUGCCUUCGAUCCCCCGAUGAUACAAGACUUUUUGGAAUAUUUGUCGACGUCACAGUGCAUGCUAAACUACCUGGAACCCUGCGACGUGACCAACCUAGUGAUUUCGAUGUCAGCCGACGCACAUCUCAAAACGGUCAUGCCGGUGGGUAGCUUCGUGCGGUUUUUAUGUGCGGUGAACGGGGCCAUGCCAUGCUCAUGCUCGAUACCGACGACCGCCGCGGUGGCUCUGUUGGAGUCCCUGACGUCCAUGGAUGUCAUGAUGGACGGUCUGACGUUGAUAGAAGCGGCCAACCUCAGAGACCUGUUUAUCAGAGACAACAAGCUGCUAGCUGCGUCAUCGCCGAUAAUGAUCAACCUGCUGAAGGCGAUUACGAACCGGUUUGCCGGGAUGCCUUGCGAGAGUAUCGUCCACCUGUUGGCGGCAACGCACUUAGCGUCGCCGUGUAUGCUGUGCACCGUACCGGAAGACGUGCUGGCCGAUAUGCUCAAGUUGAUCUGCACCCAGUCGGCGGUAGGCUGCCUCCCAUCCAAAUAUCUGGCUGUGUUCAUGGCUGUCCUGUCCACUACACCAUGCCUGAUGACCGCCAUGUCGGCCAGUGGGCUCGAAACCUUAAUUGGCCUGCUUUUAUCGCAGCCAGCGCUAACGGCCGAAGUCGUGCCACCUCACACGCUUCCCGAUUUCUGCACAACCUUGGCCCUGACGCAAUCGCAUAACGUUAACGUGUCUACCAUAAUUUUACUUCUGUCUUCGGUCUGCCCUAAGUCGGUUUGCGACAUACCGGCCAUGGCCUUGAGCACUCUGCUGGAGCCACUGAGCGACGCUAAAAUCGUUUAUGAACUCGGGGUAACCACAACCGCUUCGUUGCUGUGGCUGGCCACCUCGUCACCAUGCGUCCUCGAAGUUUUAUCAGGCCCCACGCUCAACACGAUCGUGGUCAAGCUGGCAUCUUCGCCGAACCUGAUCCAGCAUUUGCAGCCCGAUAUUUUACAGUGCUUCGUGUCGGCGGUCGUAUGUUCGCGGCCCGGCCUUGAAUCUCUCCCACCGACCACCAUCGCCCACCUACUCAAGUCGAUCGCUGAGGGGCGGCCCUGCGUCCUGUCCACCAUGUCCCCGGCCACGGCCACGGCCCUUCUGGGAGCAUUCAGUUCGCAGCACGCGUUCGCCUCUCUAUCGCCGCCCGCCCUUGACUUUCUCAUCGGAUUGCUCGUCAAGUUCUCCAACCUGUUGCAUGCCCUGCCGUUGUCCGUCCUGAACGACUUGUUCCUUUUCUUCGCGUCAACCCCCGCCAGUCUCGGUUCCGUUCUGUCGUGCACGCUGCUCGAGUUCCUGAACAUACUGUCCUCGAUGACACCGCUGCUCCGGGCUCUGCCGUCCUCCACGCUCAUCGCGUUCAUAGAGGAACUAUGCAUAGUGUCGCCAAAGUACCUAUGCGCCUGCCCAGCUACAGUCGUCACGGCGCUGUUCAACGCCGUCGCCGCUGGUUCCGCGCUGGCCACGCUCACGCCCUGCACUGUUGCCUCGCUGGUGUCCGCGUUCGACACGUCGCCAUGUCUGAUCCCCAUCCUGCCCGCGCCCCUGCUUCCGGCAUUCCUGGCAUACCUGGCCAAGAAUCCGUGCCUGUUGUGCGACACACCGAAACCUAAGCUGCUCGCCUUCGUCCGUAACGUCCAAUCUCCCGGAUCCAUUCCUCCGGUCGUCUUCCCGGUCGGAUGCUGUCUCCCGUGCGUCACGAUCGAUCAUUUCAGCGAUGUCUCAGCCAACAACAACAGCAGUUGCUGUUCGGGUGAAUUUCGAAUUCCCACUUCCGGAAACACUACAGAAAGUUCUAAUGCCCAUCCAAACCCGAUAAUAAUUCAUCCAGGGAACGAAAACGGAACAUCUACGGUAUGGUGUUUCCCCAAAAAAAAAAUAAACAAUUAA